CUAAGCUCCCCGCAUGCCUCAGUCAACCAUCUGCCACCAGCUGGAUAUUUGGUCAAUAUUAACUCAAUAGGGCUUCGAUAGCUACUACAAUAUUGACUACGCAUUUUGGGCUUGGGGAUAAAAUGGACUCGCCGUCGCUGUCGCUCGAACAGCUACAGAAAGUGCUCACAGACACUCCCACGAAUGACGCACUCUACGAAAUCCUCAGCUCCUACGAAGAUGAGGCCUGCCAGCAAUUUACAGCAGCUGGAGAAAUCCGAAAUGCAACAGUUCUGACUCCCUUCUACUCCUCAUUUCUUUUUUCCCAUCUUCUCAUAGACGAAAUUCAAGAAGCUCGCGCAUUAACGCAGCGUAUUCCGACGACAUUGAUCCAGAAUGACCCGGUGGUGCAACGUAGUAUUGCGGUGCUACGGUCGAUAUACCAAAACAAAUAUUCCGAGACUUAUGGGUUACUGAGAACUCAGCCAUGGCCAGAACCAGUCAACAUCAUCGUACAGAGGUUUGAUUCUUAUUAUACCGAAAGAUCCUUCCGAAACAUAAGUCGCAUCUACGAAUCGAUCAGACCCAAGGUAGCCGCAGAGUACCUCGGACUGGAGUCCAACUCAGAGUUGAUGGACAUACUGGUGAAGAAAGGAUGGGAAUGGGAUGCUGACAAAGAGGUCUUCCGACCACGCGUGCCGGAGAAACAUAUUGAUAUCGGCAAAUACAGGCAACCGUUAGACCAGAUCAGUCGCAUUGUGAAUUUGGCAAGUGUCCAAGGGGGCUGAGAGGUGCUUCAAACUAUUCAUAGAUCGCUUAGAUUACGUCUUUAAGUUUAGCAACCAAAAUACUUGACGAAUUAUGAUUGAGGUCUGUC